AUGGAGUCAAAGAAGGUUGUUGUAAUUGACGAAUGGUUGAUGCCUAAGGGGGUAUUUAAAUUGAAAUUAUUAUUGAGAUUUAUUAAUUACUAUAAAAAAUUGAUCAAGAAUUUCUCACAGUUGGCUGUGCCACUAAUGUAG